CUGAGAGGUCACUACGCCUAGCCCGGCCCCCGCGACUACACUUCCCAGGAUGCUUUGCUGCUGUCACACCGCUGGACAGCUGCUGAUGACCGCUGCCUUGUAACAGAAGGGGCUGUCAGAGCUGCUGGAGGGGGGUGGGGGGGAUUGUUGUCACUCGUAAAUGGGAAGUGAUAUAGAGGAUUGUGGAAUAGUCCAUAUUGGGAUCCCCCCCUAUCUCCCAGGUCACGUGAUGCACAAGAUGUUGCCUGUUCUCCUUGUGUUGCACUUGUAAUUGAGUUAUGGUCUUGAUGCCCAUCAUGUGACGGUGUCGUUGAGCCCCUUAUUGUGCUGCAGGAAGAAGCAUGGCCUCCAGGGAAGGGGACUCCGGGCUGCUGCGGGGCUCCAGGGCGCGCUCCUAUGGCAGCCUGGUCCAGACCAACUACUCUCCGGCCAGGGUGCGGAAGGUGGAUCACCUGGUCCAACCCGGGGACACGCUGCAGGGGCUGGCUCUGAAGUAUGGGGUCACGAUGGAGCAGAUCAAGAGAGCGAAUCGCCUCUACACCAACGACUCUAUUUUCCUUAAGAAAUACCUCAGCAUCCCUGUGCCGAUCGAACAACCGCAGCUGACCAAUGGGGAGCCUCCUACACAGGGUUUGGGCAUGGCGGCGGAAAAGGAGGGGAGCCGCCCUCAGCGCAGCAUGUCCCUGGAUGCCCGCAAGGAAGACCCCGUCUCUGUCGUGGACUUCAUGACUAAACUGGACACCCGAAUCCGCGUCUCCAAGAGGGCAGCGGUCAAGAAGAUGCGAGAGGUGGAGUCCGUAGCACAAGAUGAAGACUCCGGAGCAGCCGUUGGCUACCAAGGCCCCAGAGAAGAGGGUUCCCCCCAGACUGCCCAGCGGUCCAUGCUCGGACCGGUCCCCCUCACUGUCACCACUCGGGUGUCUACCCUCCGAGAUCGAGAAGACGAGAUAUUUAAGCUCUGAACUCAACCUGUUGAUUUUAUUUCAUUUGUUUUUACUUUUUAAUUUUACAAUUUUUUCUUCAAAUUUAAAAAAAAAAAAUGUGGCAGAAAUUUUUAACGAAUGUAACUCUCUGUAGUUAGACACUGAAAAUCCAAAUUUUACCUAGGUUUUUGACUGGUUUAGAUAUAUAUUUUUUUUACUUGAAUUUAUUUUUGUUGUGUUUUUGAACAAAAAAAUAAUUUUUUUUUUCUUUUAUCUCAGGUUGUUUAAAUUAGAAAUCCUAUGCACACGUUCACACGUGCAGAUUUUCCGCAGCUGAUUUGGCAGCCAAAUAAUGCUUGUGUGAACAUAAGGGUACGUUCACACGGGCGGAUUUCUUGUGGAAUUUUUGCAGCGUAUUUGCUGUGGAAAAUCCGCAGCGGAUUUUGCUACCAUUGACUUUAAUACCGUAAGUCAGCAGAUAAUCCGCAAUAGAGGCAGAUUUUCCUUCGGACCCAUUGAAGUAAAUGGUAGCAAAAUCCCCAGCGGAUUUUCCGCAGCAAAUACGUUGCAGAAAUUUCGCAGGCAAUCUGCCCGUGUGAACGUACCCUAAGGCUGCAAUUCACUCCAGGGUUUUUGGAAUUGUUCACUGAGUACAUUCGUUCCCUUGAGAGAAAGAUGCAAACCAUCUUUUUUGUACGGUUCUUUUCUAUUCCAAGUAGAGCUAUCAUGAGACACAAAGCCAAAUACUUGCUCUUGACAUCAUUUACUAAGCCAUAAGUAGAACUCCUUAAUGCGCCUCUGCCUAUCAUUCUGAACGUUAUGCACAGGCAGAACUUCAGAAAAUGAAACGGUGGAUACAAAAUCCUGUACAUCAUUACCAAGUGUGAUAAAAGAUUCCUUCACCUGUGAAAUUUCAUUGCAAGCCAGGUCAUUUGCCCCUAGAUUGACAAGAACAUCCACUUCCCCUUCCUGCUUUGCUUGCUUAAUGAUAUUAAGAAUACGUCUGUCUCCUAUAUCUUCUAGCAGUAGGACCAAGGAGACUCAGGAUCUUCUACAUCAUGGACUUCGCCUUGUACCGAGAUACCAUGAUCAUACUGAGACAAGAAAGGACCUGGCUUUACGCAGCUCCAGUCGCCUCUUGGCAUUGAGCAUCUCAGGCUUGUAUACAGCUGCCUGGCCAUGAAAAAGUCCUGAUGAGUAGUUCUUCUGUCGACAAGUCAGUCAGGAUCUUCCACAUCAUCAACUUGCCCUUGUGCCAGGAGGCUACGGUUAUACCAAGACAAUAAAGGACCUGGCUUUACGCUCCUCCAGCCAUUUCUUGACAUUGAGUAUCUCAGGCUUGUAUACAGCUGCCCGGCCAUGGAAAGGUCCUGAGGAGCAAUUUUUCUGUCGACAAGUCAUUCAGGAUCUUCCACAUCAUAGACGUUACCUCAUGUGUGGAGACCCUGGUCAUACCGAGACAGGAAAGGACCUAGCUUUACGCUCCUCCAGCCGCCUCUUGGCACUGUGUAACUAAGGCUUGUAUACAGCUGCCCCGGCCAUGGAAAGGUCCUGAUGAGCAGUUCUAUUGUCGACAAGUCAGUCAGGAUCUUCCACAUUGAGGCCUUCACCUUGUGUAGACACCAUGAUCAUACUGAGACAAGAAAGGACCAGCUUUACGCUCCUCCAGCCGUCUCUCCACAUUGUGCAUCUCAGGCGUGUAUACAGCUGCCCGGCCAUGGAAUGGUCCUGAUGAGCAGUUCUGCCACCAAGUCAGGAUCUUCCACAUAAUAGACCUUUGUGUGGAGACCAAGAUCAUACCGAGACAAGAAAGGACCUGGCUUUACUCCUCCAGCCGCCUCUUGGCAUUGGGUAUAGCUGCCCGGUCAUAUAAUGGUCCUGAUAAGGCUUGGUUCACACCACGUUUUUGCAAUACAGUUCCCGUAUACAUUUUCAACUUGAAAACCGUACGGAACCGUAUUGAGAACCGUAUGCACUGACUCUCCAUUGAAAACCGUAUGCCAAAAGAUGUAUCCGUUUGUGUCCGUUUUGCAUCCUGUACGGUUUUCAGUUUUUUCCCCUACCCAAAACCGUAGUCUACCACGGUUUUUGGUCGGGGUGAAAAACCGUAUACAUUUUUUUUUUUUACAUGGGAGUCAAUGGGAACUGUACAGAACUGUAUGUGCGUACGGUUCCAUCCAGUUUGCACCAUACGGUUUUUGACUUUGCACAGUUUUUUUCUUUUGGAAUUUCAAUCAAACAAGUGAAACUUUAUUCAUAAUGGAGUGAAACAUUAAAAACGUAUACGCUUUUUUCUUAAAAAAAACGGAUGCAACUGGACAUCAUUUUUCAAACCAUAUACGGAUUAAAAUGUACACGUUUUGAUACAGUUUAGUCCGGUUUUGAGGAAUCCGUUUUUUUAUCAAAAACCUGAUACGGGAACUGUAUCGCAAAAACGUGGUGUGAACCCAGCCUAAGUCGUAGUUCUAUCGAAAAAUCAGUCAGGAUCUUCCACGUUAUGGCUUUCACCUUGUGUGGAGACCACGAUCAUAUCGAGACAAGAAAGGACCUGGCUUUACACUGCUCCAGCCACUUCUUGGCAUUGGGCAUCUUAGGAUGGGUUCACACCACAUUUUUGUAAUACAGUUUCCCGUAUCAGGUUUUUGAAUGAAAAACAGAUUCCUCAAAACCUGACAAAACUGUAUCAAAACGUGUGUACAAAUUUUAAUCCGUAUACGGUUUGAAAACUUAUGUCCGGUUGCAUCAGUUUUUUUAAGGAAAAAAAAAAGUAUCAGUUUUUAACUUUUCAUUCCAUUUUGAAUAAAGUUUCACUUGUUUGAUUGAAAUUCAAAUGAUUGAAGUUUGAAUGAUUCAAAUGAUUGAAGUUUGAUUGAGAAAAAAAACGUGCAAAGUCGAAAACCGGAUGGAACCGUACGCACAUACGGUUCUGUACGGUUUUCCAUUGACUUCCAUAUAAAAAAAAAAACGAAUACGCUUCAAUACGGUUUUUCACCCGGACCAAAAAUCGUGGUAGGCUAUGGUUUCGGUUACGGGAAAAAAAACAGACAAAACCGUACAGGACUAGGAGAGCCAACAUCUGACCCAUUGGCGCGGUGGCAUCCCGUAAUAGUGCCACGGUAAAAGUCACUGAGCCAUUCACAGUACUACUAUACCAGCCUAGUGAAUUGCCCUCAGGGGGGGGGCACAUACUUUGGACAUUCUCCACGUAGUAUACAGUAUAGUGGCGAAACAUUGACAGCUGUGAUCAUGUGUUCCCAGUAAUUCGACACAUGAGGGCGCCGUUGUCCUGUAAAAAUGUUUCCCGCCACUUUUGGUCCCUGCAAUAAAGCCGUGACUUUGGGGCAGAUUCAUCAAAACUUGUGAAGAGGAAGAGCAGGGCAGUUGCCCAUAGCAACCACUUCUUAUAUUUUAUUCCUCUCUUAAAAUGAAAGUAGCAAUCUGAUUGGUCGCUAUGGGCAACCGCACAGGCUAUGGUCGCUAUGGGCAACCGCACAGGUUGUGACAAAUCUCUUCCCCUUUGUGCCUGUAUAACACUUUCUACUGCGGUUGUACUUUUCAUGUGGACGCUUUCCUGCACUGCUGUAAACGAUUUUGCCGUAAAGUGUCACAUCUGCCGUUAAUGUUGUUUUCUGUCCUAUUAAUCUACAUUAUUAUUAUAAUAGUUGUUAUUAUUACUACACUGGUUUACUCUGGAAUCUGUAAAGGGUUUAGACCAGUGUUUCCCAACCAGAGUGCCUCCAGC